AUGGAGAACGACUUUCUUGAUAAAGUGGAGGACAAUGCCAUUGUCCAUAUAUGGUCAGAGAAAGUGCAAUUGGAAAAGGGAGAUAGUCUAGCUAAGGAUUAUGUGUCAGAGCUUUGUUUCACUUUUGGCAAAGUAGAUCUGGUGCCUACGGUGGAGGAAUAUACGACUUUACUACAUUGUCCAAGGCUUCAGGUGGAUAAAGCAUAUUCUAGAGCCGCAUAUGUCCCAGCAUUUUGGAAGAAACUUAUGAAUAUUACUGGCAUGAGUGUGCAGUGGAUCACUGCCAGUAUCAAGCAGAAGGGAGAGUGUAAAUGUAUUCCAUGGAAAAAUUUGCGAGACUUGAUUCUAGCACAUCCGGAUGGGAAAAAGAAGGUCGAUGUGUUUGCUUUGAGUAUCUACGGGUUAGUGAUUUUCCCUAGAGCAUUGGGGCAUGUUGACGAAGCGGUUUCAGAUCUCUUUGAUCGGUUGGGUAAAGGGGUCACGCCUGUUCCUGCGAUUUUGGCUGAAACGUUUAGAUCUUUGAAUGCGUGUAGGCGAGAUGGUGAAGACAGAUUUAUAGGCUGUGCGCAGUUGUUGAUAGCUUGGUUCCAUGAGGAUGAUGUGGAGUGGAGAGCUCCUUGGUUGAUUCCUGAUGGAAUUCUCUACCGUUGUGGGAGCUUUGAUUGGGUUUCGUUGCUUGGGAUUUGGGGAGCCGUCAGGUAUGCAUCUUUGUUGGUCCUAAGGCAAUACAAUUCAAGACAGUUUGUGACGGCAACGCAUGGUUUAGCUCAAUGUGAGUUCUCGUACCGAGGAGACAAUUACAAGAAAAAGGUGAAAGAAAUUUCUCAGGCUUGGAAUCAGAUUCAUAGGAUGAAAAGGCUAGUUGUGGGUUCGAUGACAACUCCAGAGUACAGUGAGUGGCGAAGUAAGAGAAUUAAUGAUAACAUUCCGAAGUUAAACUUAGAGGGUGUUCAACCAAUGGAAGAGUACCUACAAGUGAUCCCAUCAGAGUUGGAGAUUAUAAAACAAUAUUUUGAAAAAGGAAUUUAG